AGAGAUAACUUAUCGCAUUGCAAUAUAUUACGCUGGACGAGACUCGGCAUCUCCUUGUAGGUCACACAGCUGAAGAUACUGAAGAAGUUUGCUAGAACUCGCCUCGCCUGUCAGCAUGUCUGCGACGACAGUCCAAUCUGAGGCCCCUCACAGCAUCACCCUCACCAAUGGCAAGACUUUCACCUUUAACUCCAAUGCUUCAAGCACGGAUGAGGCGAUCCCAGUCAUCGACGUCUCUCGCAUGUAUAGCGACAAUGCUGACGACCGUCAGGCUGUCGCUGAGGAGAUUCGGGAAGCAGCUCACAGCAUCGGCUUUUUCUGCAUAGUCAACCAUAGGGUGAAUAUGCAGCUGGCCGAGAACGUCAUCACCGAGGCAAAGUCUUUCUUCGCCCUUCCCGCCGAGAAGAAGAUGGAAGUUUGCACGGAGUUGAUGCCAGACGAGUACUGCGGAUAUCAUCCCAUGCAGCACUACAACCCCAACAGUUGGAAGCAGAGAGAUUUGUAUGAGGCAUACAAUUGGAAUUACAAUGCGGCCAAUGAUCCGGAUGAGCCGGAUAGUUCCAUUGCGGAGAUCAAUCUCUGGCCAGAGAACUUGCCCCAAUUCAAGGAAACGCUGUGCGCAUACCAGUCAGAGAUGAUCAGCUUUGCCCGUAAGCUCACCAGGAUGUUUGCGUUGGCCCUUCGUCUGCCUGAGAAGUCAUUUGAUGACAUGGUCAAGCGGCCAGAGGCUGGGGUCAGGAUCGUGCACUAUCCAAGACAAGAAGCAUCUCGAGAUGAUCAGAAUGGAAUUGGAGCGCACACCGAUGUCGAGUAUUUCACCAUCAUCACCGCUGACACCGAGGGCUUGGAGGUGCUGAGCAAAUCAGGACGUUGGAUCAAGGUCAAGCCGAUUCCCGGGUCGUUCGUUGUCAACAUUGCCGAUUGUUUCAUGAGACAGACGAAUGACUUUUUUGUGAGCACCGUGCAUCGAGUCAUCAAUGAAAGUGGUCGAGAGCGGUAUUCUGUACCCUUCUUCUGGGGGCUAAAUCGACAGACUGUGCUCGAUCCGAUUCCGACUUGUGUCUCUGAAGAGUGUCCGAACAAGUACCCGGUCAUGACUGCCGGAGAGUAUUACCUGUGGAGGACGAGGAGGCAAAGGACGUCGUGGGUAACAGGCGAAGGCACAAAGCAGUAUUGA